CGCUGGAUUGAUUACUCACGGCCGCAAGAAUAUUCAGGCUCGACGAAUCUUCAGUUGGGACCUUGACCAGUGACUCCCUGAAUUUUCCUCUGUCUUUCAUCCUUGUAGCCGCCGCUAGAUAGUUGCAACGGAAACCAGACCCCAUUCUCCCCCGACGUCAUCAAACCAUGCCCACCCCGGCCACUGGCAAGCGGGGCCAAUCGGCGGCGCCGGCGGUCUACUGCGUCGGCAGCCGGGGCCCGUUCGACCCGGAGGCCCGCACCGACGAUGCCGAGGGCAUCUUGAUGCGCGGGGCGGCCGAGGCCCUGGCCCGCAACGACCUGCGGGGCGCCAUACGCUCGUGGUUCGACAUCCCCGAGCGGGACGGCUACGUCUACCACGCCCUGAUGAGUGUCCGGCUCGACGAGGUCCAGCGCGCCGUCGACGUGGCCGCCCAGAAGGGGUCGCCGCCGUGGUACCGAGCCCCCGACGGGGAGCCUCUCCCGCCGCUCUCCCCGACAGACGUGGAGGCCUACCUCUCCAUCUUCAACCCGGCCCAGUCCAGCCCUGCGGCGCUCAGGUCCUUCGGCGCCAACGCCAGGAAGGGCUCCGCCCGCGCCGCCGCCGCCGCCCGCCUGGCCGCCAAGCGUUUCGUGCACCCGGCGCUCGAGCGGGCGCUCGCCGUACCGAAGCGGAAGAGGGGGUCGGCGCCGCACCCGAACCCCUACCUGCUCUUCUGGGCCUGGUCGUGCCGCACCCUCGGCUGGUGCGGCCCCGCGGUGGCCGACCCGGGGCGCCCCGUGUCCCACCCGGUCCUACCCGUGCUGAUGCACCACUUUGGCUGCGCCGCCCCGUCGUUCGAGUCGCUCGAGGUCCUGCGCGUCCUGGCCGCUGGCAGGACCGUCGCCGACGUCGGGUCCGGGAACGGCUACUGGUCCUUCAUGCUCCGCCGCCACGGCGUGCCAACCGUCGCCAUCGACAACGAGCAGUCCCUCUGGAGGACCAUGUGGGUCCCCGACACGGUCAAGCAGGACGGGGUCGCGUGGCUGCGGAGCCGGGAUCCCCCGGGCGGCAAGGACGUGGUCCUCCUUCUGGUGUAGUAAGUCAAAAAGGAGGGUGUGUCUUCGUGCGACUAUUCUGAGCUGCGGAACUGGAUUGUGAUGGCCCUUCUCUCCCCCUCUUUGCCACGGAAAGCUGAUGCGAAGAAACUCACCCGAGCAUAGCCCCGUCGUUGGUCCAGACGGGAACGGCGCCUUCACGCGUUCCCUGCUGGACGCGUACGAGGGCGACACGGUUGCUGUCGUGGGGACGCAGAAUCGGAACGGCUAUACCAGCUUCGCUCGCAUGACCAUGGACGAGUAUAUGGCGAAUGCCGAGGAACAAGGCCAGGAUGGUGGCCAUCACAAAACAACAACCGGCGACAGCAAGGGGAGCCCUUGGGUGCGUGUGACGCAAAUACCAUUACCUAGCUUUGCAGGCAAGGACGAGGCCUUGUUCGUCUUCCAAAGAGGAGACCGGGCACCGAAAGAGCCCAUCAUAUCCUCGUAGCCUCCUCAAGAUGACAAUCUGGCCCAUUUGGCCGGUACCACCUCCAGUCUCUUACGUUCAAACCUGAAGCCCUGAUUUGGGCAAAGAAUCCCCCAUCCUUUCCGAAUGACCAACAUGACUUCGCUUCUAUCAAACGUGUCCUCCUCUUUUCCUGCUUUUUUUUCUUCUUUUUUCCUCUUUUCUUCUUUUUGUCGUUGUUGUUGGUGAGAUUACAUGUAUCAAACAAAAAGAAACUCAAAGAAAGUGAGAAACAGUCGAGAGUAUAAGAACAGGGGCGUCGGGCUCCCAAAUUCGCAGCCUGUGUCUCGGCGGUCUGACUGUCCGCCUGACCAUGGCCAAUCGAGGACGCAUAUAGUCAUUUUAAGACGUGCAAUCUCAAGUUGUCCCAUACUAAGA